CGUCCUUUCAGCGCCGCCGUGGCGGUAAUGUUAUGGAGUCCUCUCUCCCCUCAGUGCUACCGCUGCUAGCCGAAGGAAAUGUGAGGCCCGUCGGGGGAAAAUAGCGUUUAUACGGCAAGAAACCGUCGUCGUUCAAGAGGUGGACGAAUAAACACCUUUUCUAGCCCUGCAUGAGAUCCGGAGAGAGCGCUGGAAGAUGGUGGUCCUCAAAAUUAGAGACCAGCCUCCUCUGCUAAAAGCUAUAUUCAACAUCGACCCUGAUGAAGUCCGGUCCCUCAUAUUCAAGAAGGAGGACGUUAACAUACAGGAUAACGAGAAGAGGACUCCGCUGCACGCCGCUGCGUAUUUAGGAGACGCUGAAAUCAUAGAGCUGCUGGUUUUAUCAGGAGCGAGAGUGAACGCCAAAGACAAUAAGUGGCUGACUCCUCUGCACCGGGCAGUGGCCUCCUGCAGUGAGGAGGCGGUGCAGGUUCUGCUGAAGCACUCCGCGGACGUGAACGCGCGGGAUAAGAACUGGCAGACGCCGCUGCACGUUGCCGCGGCCAAUAAAGCGGUGCGCUGCGCCGAGGCUCUGGUUCCUCUGCUCAGCAACGUGAAUGUGUCGGACCGGGCGGGCCGCACCGCCCUGCACCACGCGGCCUUCAGCGGGCACCUGGAGAUGGUGAUGUUACUGCUGUCCAGAGGAGCCAACAUUAACGCGUUUGAUAAGAAGGACCGGCGGGCGAUUCACUGGGCCGCCUACAUGGGUCAUUUAGAGGUGGUGAAGUUGUUGGUGUCUCAUGGUGCGGAGGUGAUGUGUAAGGAUAAGAAGGCGUACACUCCUCUGCACGCAGCGGCCUCUAGUGGGAUGAUCAGUGUAGUGAAGUACCUGCUGGACCUGGGGGUGGACAUCAACGAGCAGAACGCGUACGGGAACACGCCGCUGCACGUGGCCUGCUACAACGGGCAGGACGUGGUGGUGAACGAGCUGAUCGAGUGCGGCGCCAACGUCAAUCAGGUGAACGAGAAGGGUUUCGCGCCGCUGCACUUCACGGCCGCCUCGCGCCACGGGGCGCUCUGUCUCGAGCUGCUCGUGGGCAACGGAGCCGACGUCAACAUCAAGAGCAAAGACGGGAAAACUCCUCUGCACAUGACUGCGAUUCACGGGAGGUUCUCGCGAUCUCAGGCGCUCAUUCAGAACGGUGCUGAGAUAGACUGUGAAGAUAAAAAUGGAAAUACGCCCCUGCACAUCGCAGCACGAUACGGACACGAGCUCCUCAUCAACACGCUCAUUACCAACGGAGCCGACACCUCCAAGCGGGGAGUCCACGGCAUGUUUCCUCUGCACUUGGCCGCUCUCAGCGGCUUCUCGGACUGCUGCCGCAAACUGCUCUCCUCCGGCUUUGAUAUUGACACCCCUGAUGACUUUGGAAGGACGUGUUUACACGCUGCAGCAGCUGGAGGGAACCUCGAUUGUCUCAAUCUUCUCCUAAACACGGGCGCGGAUUUCAACAAAAAAGACAGUUUUGGCAGGACACCUUUGCACUAUGCAGCUGCAAACUGUAACUAUCAGUGCCUAUUUGCUAUGGUGGGCUCGGGGGCCAGCGUCAAUGACCUGGACAAGAGGGGCUGCACCCCCCUCCACUACGCCGCUGCCUCCGACUCUGAUGGAAAGUGCCUGGAGUAUUUGCUGAGGAAUGAUGCUAACCCAGGGAUCCGAGACAAUCAGGGCUAUAACGCGGUUCAUUACGCCUCUGCGUACGGACACCGCCUCUGUCUGGAACUGAUUGCCAGCGAAACCCCUUUAGAUGUGUUAAUGGAGACCUCAGGGACCGACAUACUGAACGACUCUGACGUGCGCGCCCCUGUUAGCCCGCUGCAUCUCGCCGCGUAUCACGGUCAUCACCAGGCCCUGGAGGUGCUGGUCCAGUCUCUGCUGGACCUGGACGUGCGGACGGCGCAGGGACACACGCCGCUAGACCUGGCUGCUUUUAAAGGUCAUGUGGAGUGCGUGGACGUUCUCAUCAACCAGGGAGCCUCCAUCCUGGUUAAAGACUACACCCUCAAACGCACCCCCAUCCACGCAGCAGCCACAAAUGGUCAUUCUGACUGUCUGCGGUUACUGAUUGGAAAUGCUGACCUGCAGAGCGCAGUUGACAUUCAGGAUGGGAUUGGACAGACUCCUCUGAUGCUGGCGGUGUUGAGCGGACACACGGACUGCGUGUACUCUUUACUCAACAAAGGAGCCAACGUAGAAGCCAAAGACAAGUGGGGCCGCACUGCUCUGCACCGAGGGGCAGUGACGGGUCACGAGGAGUGCGUGGAGGCUCUACUCCAGCACAGUGCCAGUUUCAUGGUGCGGGACUGUAGGGGGCGCUCACCUGUUCACCUGGCUGCUGCCUGUGGCCACGUUGGAGUGCUGGGUGGUCUGCUGCAUGCGGCCCAGUCGGUGGAGACCAUCCCAGUCAUUACGGACCAUCAGGGCUACACGCCGCUGCACUGGGCCUGUUAUAAUGGUCAUGACACGUGUGUUGAAGUGCUGCUGGAGCAGGAGCUGUUCCAUAAGAUGGAGGGGAACUCCUUCAGCCCCCUGCACUGCGCCGUGAUAAGUGACAACGAGGGAGCAGCGGAAAUGUUGAUCGACACGUUGGGUCCUGCGAUCGUCAAUGCUACCGACUCUAAAAAGAGGACUCCCCUCCACGCUGCCGCGUUCACCGAUCACGUGGAGUGUAUGCAGCUCCUGCUGGGCCAAAACGCCCAGGUGAACUGCGUCGACGCUGGCGGGAAAACCCCACUCAUGAUGGCUGCUGAGAACGGCCAGACGAACGCUGUGGAGCUGUUAGUGAGCAGUGCGAAAGCUGACCUGACGCUGCAGGACGCCAACAAAAACACUGCACUGCACCUGGCCUGCAGUAAGGGACACGAGACCAGUGCCUUGCUGAUCUUGGAAAAGAUCACGGACAGAAAUCUCAUCAACUCCACCAACGCGGCUUUACAAACGCCUCUGCAUGUGGCUGCCAGGAACGGCCUGACGGUUGUGGUGCAGGAGCUGCUGGCUAAGGGUGCGAGCGUGCUGGCAGUGGACGAAAACGGUUACACGCCCGCCCUGGCCUGCGCACCCAACAAAGACGUGGCCGACUGCCUGGCUCUCAUACUGGCCACCAUGAUGCCGGUGUCUCCCAGUCAGAGCAGCCUGGCGUUCAGCUCCAUAAACCACUACACCAGCCCUGUGAAGAGCGUGACGUUCGACAGCCUGCCUGUGCACACCUCCUACUGCAGCUUCAACAGCAUCGGCCGCCACCACCACGGCUUCUACAAGGACGACGAGCUCAACGACUCCGACUCCGAGACCUACUGAGAGACAGAGAGGGACAGGGAGACUCACCGUGUCUUAAUCACCCAGAGGCAGCCUGGCCUCAGCAGCCGGUCACUGCGCAGAGCCUUAAGAGUCUCACACGCACACAAACACACAGGUUGGGGCUGCACAAUAUACAGAAAUACUAAUAUUGCGAAUAUAUUUGCUAUGGAUUGUAAUGGGGGGCGCGAUUUAGCCUUCUGGACAUCACUUUUUAGAGGCUUGCAGGCCGGAACAGACCAAAAAAGUGCCAGAUUAAGAAGUAAUACUGUCGAAAGCCGUGCCGAAGAGAGCAGUGCGUUUAAACAGGACCAGUUACCCUCUAAUAAUGAAGACCACGUCCAGAAUAACGCUGCAGAAAAGUGUUUUGUCAAGCGAAAUUAUCUGAAAUAUUGUCAGUAAAUCUAAUUUCUCAUUUUGAGACCGUUGCGAGGUUAUAAAUGGGUAAAAAGAGGCUUUAUGAAGGAAUAUUAUCUCUGUAUUGGCAGAUAAGUUGGCUCGGUUUAAGAAGCGAGAUUGAAAUUGUCUGCAGCUGUAGGGGGAUAAUUUUACUAAUAAAUUCACCUAAAACAAGUAAAUAACGUCUAGAAAGAAGCUGGCCGUCUAAGGGCACGACCAUCUCAAAAUGAUCAAUUAGUUUGACUGGUUUUAAUAUCAUUUCACUUGACAAGCUGCUGUUUUUUGCAGUGAACGAGGCAUAUUGUGAUGCUCAUCACGAUACAGUACAUACGGCUUUAUUGUUCCCCUUAGUUUUAAUAUCAGAAAGCACCACUUUUCUGGCAUCGCGAGUAACAAACGAGUAUAUUGUGCAGCCGUAACGCACUCUUAUGCAAAAGUUUGGGCGCCCUGACUCCUGUACAGAGCCGUUUUAAAGCACAGCUGCCGUCUGUUUGAAUUGAACUUUAUUUAAUAUCGAGUGAAAAAGUGACGGCUCAUUUUAUGUUUUAGACGUUAAACUCAAUAAACAGAAACUGCGCUAAACUUUGCGCAGGAAUGCCACGUUUAACUGCGUGGGGGAUGUUUUCACUUAGAGAAUCAGUGUUAGGUGUUCAAGCUUUUGCAUACGACUGCACAUUUACAUAGAGGCACAGCAGGCUGGCCCACCCAGCCCCCCGAUCCCGAUCCCCUCCCCCUCUCUCUAUCCGCUCAACCUCAACCAGCACCUUGUGCCCUUUCAGCAGAUACCUCAGCGUACCUUCUGCUUCUUUCACUCGCCUCCGGACAGCCGCGUCGGACGAGCCGAUCUCCGUACCUGGCAAUAAAGCGGGGAACAGAGAACCGUCAGCCUGGGACCAAUGUUGGAAAACGAGGACAGGUUCUGAAUAAUUGUCGCCGGAGAAUGAGGCUGAUCGCGAGGGGGGUGGACGUCUCUGCUCGCUUAAUUUCGCUGGCUUAAUUUGGUAAUUUACAUGGGGAGAUACAAAGAAAAAAAGAUUUAUUUUUUAAAACAGGAUUUUAAUACACAUCUACAUCCUCCAUCCCUUCAGAGGAGGGGGGAGGGGAGUAAAAUCAAAGAGUUUCCUUGUAUUUUCGAAUCUUGGACGGCGACGGAGGACAAAAGUAAAUAUUAGCAUCGUAAUGCUAACAGCAAUGGGCAUGAGUGAAGUGCAGGCUAACCGUUGCUGUCUUCUCUUUCAGAAUAAAUUAUUCUUUUUAUCUGUCGUAUUUAUUUUUAGUUUCCAUAUUUCAUCAUUUGUGCCUUCAUGGUUUGCCGUGUGGACGCAGGAGGAGGUUUAAAGGCAGAGGAGAAAACCGCGUGGCGCAAAGUUCAACACUACGUUUAUUGAAAAGCACUGAAACUGAAACUGAAACUGAAGCGAAAGCUCCGGGUGAAGAACACUGUGGGAACCAAUGGUGGCGUCUGAUUUCCUUUGUAUGGUGAAAUAUGAAUAUUAAAAUGUAUCUAUGUUUUUCCCCUCAGCUCUUAUCAUCAUCAUCAUCAUCAUUAUUAUUAUUAUUAUUAUUAUUAUUAUUAUUAUUAUUAUUAUUAUUAAUAAUCAGGUUUUUGGCUUGCUUGAUUAGCUAAUGAAACCACUGAGUCCUCGUCUGUCAUAAGGUUGUUUGCCUCCUUUUUUGACUUGUUUUUUUGUUUUUUUGUUUUUGUUUUGUGUUUUUGUUUUUUUGAAUGAUUUCAAACUGGAAGUCUGUUUAAUUCACUUUUAAGCGCUGCAUGAAAGUUGAAUCUGCUUUGCUUUCCUUUCCGAUUGCAUUGGAGAGGGGUUAGCGUAGCCGUUCAUUCAGCGUAAGAGAUUCCUGUAUAUUUUAUGGUUGACUGAAUAAAGAAAUUAGUUAUGUCA